AUGACUAAUAUUCUUGCUCGUUUAGUAGAGCAACAGGGUCAAGCCCCUUUGAACCAACCAAGGGAUCCCGAUUUGGGACAGGAUAGAGCCCUCGAGAGAUUUCAAAAGUUCUCUCCUCCUAAGUUCCUGGGAGGACCGGACCCUGAGGGAGCCGAGAGAUGCUUAGAGACCAUGAUCAAUAUCUUUGCCGCUCUGAACUAUGCAGAGGAUAGGCAAGUGCAAUUUGCUGCUUUUCAAUUUGAAGGUCCAGCCAGAUCUUGGUGGAAUGUAAUUAGAGCUAAGUGGGAGAGAGAAAGAACCGCAUGGACCUGGUUGAACUUCGUGCGGGAGUUUAACGAAAAAUGCCUCCCACCUAUCGUCCAAGAGAAGAGAGAGGCCACGGAGCAAAGGAGGAUAAGGAGGUUUGUUCAAGGGCUCAAUGUGGAAAUACAGGAGGCCUUGGCGGCAGCUCAGAUCAAUACUUUUACUGAGGUUUUGGAGAUGGCCCAGAGAAUCGAGAUUGCCAGGGCGCAAGUGGGAAGUUUUCAUGCAAAACGAAAAGGGGCGCCUAGUGGAUGUCAAAGGCCGGUACAGAGUGAUCGAAGCAUACCACCCCCUAAAGCAGGUCGUGGUGUUGGGGAUAGAAGGUUUACGGGUACUUCGAGGGGAGGUACGCCGAGGAGAGGCCAAGGUGGAAGGGGACAAGGGAGAGGUGGUCCACAGGGGGGCCAGACCUCCACUCCUCGAGUAAUGUGUGGAUAUUGUGAAAAAUCAAACCAUACUGAGGAGAAUUGCUGGAGAAAGGCUCGGAAGUGCCUAAGGUGUGGAAGCACGGAGCACUAG